CCAUGUGAUAGUCACUGAACACUUGCUAGCCUGAGCUGCCAGGAUCACCAUCCUGUGCACGCUUGUUUUAAGCUUUGCUUCAAAGCGCUGCUGCCACACUUUAUAUUUGUGGUAUUUCUAAAUAUGCAAUGAAAAGUAAUGCCUUCUUUUUUCUUUUUCUUUUUUUUUUUUACAGUAAUAAUGGGUAUAAGGGAUCAGUGGUGUGGUAUUGUAGUCCAUUUGGUUUCUCACAGACUGACAACAAUCUUCUAUUUUUGGCAUAAUUGCUGCAAAAUGUCAGCAUUCACUAUUUUCUCAGUUCACCCUGGGUAUUAGUGGGGCAUUACACAAUGUUUACAUAAUUGGGAGAGAACUGCAUGUUAGAAUUGAAAAAGAUUUUACCUCUGCCAGAGAAGAAUCUUUAAUAGGUGUUUCAUAUUUGUUAAAGAAGUAGCACUUACGUUUGACUAAUUACAGAGCUGUUUGAGUGGCCAAGUUAAAAGAAAACCUUUACCAGCUAAUUAUUUCCGAACUAAAGGAAAACUCAAAGCACCAAAAGUGUGUUUACAGUACAUGGUGGCCGUAUUUAUGCAUUAAGGGCUACACAUUUGUUUACAGUAAGCUUUGUCUGGGAACAUGUAUAAAUGAGAGCCUCUCCUUGUGUCAAUACAUAGGAGUACAUGGGCUCAAAACACAACACUCCAGUAACGUUUUUAUUAGUUUCCUGUAAAAAAGGAUUCGCCUUCAGUCUGUCUGCUAUUGUUUUAUGGGGUUGCAUGGAGUCGGGUCGUAUCAGGCGCACACUGUCGAUGUUAACGACUGCACUAACUCAGAAUAGUGCCAGUGUGUAAGCGGGGAUUGAUUGUUGUAUUGUAGGACUUUGUGAGAAUGGUUCUCUUUGAAAAGUGCUAAAUAGCUGAAGAUGGAAACUUUUUUUCUGUUCUUUUUUCCUUUGUGUCCUAACAUUGUUGAGUGUGUGUGUAUAAAUAUGUGUGCGUCAUUGCUGUGUUGUGUUUUCACCAUGGUUGACAUGAUUUUCACCCCUCACAGGUGGGCUGCUGAGGCAUUUUGUAAAUCACUUCCCAUUGAAAGGCAAUGAAUCGUUUAGACAGCAAAAGCCUCGUAAAACACUCAGUGUUAUUGCAGUAAACAUGUCUCAGAUUGACAAUAGCGUUCAUCAGAAACUCUGGCAGAAAAUGUGUGGUUAUUUAUAUUUGACGCUAGUCUCAUUUUUGCAAUUUUUAUUAUUGACAGCCGAUAUCAUAUCCACUGUUGAAUUUAACCAAUCUGGAGAGCUACUUGCAACUGGGGACAAGGGGGGUCGUGUUGUCAUCUUUCAGCAGGAGCAAGAGAGUAAGAAUAAGCUUCAGUGCCGAGGAGAGUACAAUGUUUACAGCACCUUCCAGAGCCACGAGCCUGAGUUUGACUACCUGAAAAGUCUUGAGAUUGAGGAGAAGAUCAACAAGAUUCGAUGGUUGCCUCAGAAGAAUGCAGCACAUUUUCUUUUGUCAACAAAUGACAAAACCAUAAAGCUGUGGAAAAUUAGUGAGCGUGACAAAAGACCAGAGGGCUACAAUUUGAAGGAAGAAGAUGGGCAAUACAGAGAUCCCAACACUGUCACUACACUACGGGUACCAGUAUUCAGGCCCAUGGACUUGAUGGUGGAAGCCAGUCCUAGACGAGUGUUCGCCAACGCGCACACAUACCACAUCAACUCCAUCUCAGUCAACAGCGAUUGUGAGACCUACUUGUCUGCUGAUGACCUGCGCGUUAACCUCUGGCAUCUGGAGAUCACUGAUCGCAGCUUUAAUAUUGUUGACAUUAAGCCGGCCAAUAUGGAGGAUUUAACAGAGGUGAUCACAGCGGCCGAGUUCCAUCCCAACCAAUGCAACACUUUUGUCUACAGCAGCAGCAAGGGCACGAUCCGCCUGUGUGACAUGAGGGCAGCAGCGCUAUGCGACAGCCACGCCAAACUGUUUGAAGAGCCUGAAGAUCCAAACAAUCGUUCCUUCUUUUCUGAAAUCAUCUCAUCCAUCUCUGAUGUAAAGUUCAGCCAUAGUGGACGCUACAUGAUGACCCGGGACUACCUGUCUGUCAAAAUUUGGGAUCUCAAUAUGGAGUCGCGACCAGUAGAGACAUAUCAGGUGCAUGAAUAUCUCAGGAGCAAGUUGUGUUCACUCUAUGAGAAUGAUUGCAUCUUCGAUAAGUUUGAAUGCUGUUGGAAUGGGAACGACAGUGUUGUGAUGACGGGUUCCUACAACAACUUCUUCAGGAUGUUUGAUCGAGGAUACCAGCAGGACAUGACCCUAGAGGCGUCGCGGGAAAACAGCAAGCCGCGAUCGGUCUUGAAACCUCGCAAAGUAAGCACAGGUGGGAAGCGCAAAAAGGAUGAGAUCAGUGUAGACAGUCUGGACUUUAACAAGAAGAUCCUCCACACUGCCUGGCAUCCUCUGGACAACAUCAUUGCUGUGGCCACAACCAACAAUCUGUACAUAUUCCAGGACAAGCUGAACUAGCAUUUGUUGAAGCACUGAGGUCCCAGUUUCUGCUUGAGCGCCGCUGCUCUGAUAUACAAAUAUGAACAAUAGCUGUCUGUUUUUGGCUAAAUCCCUCUUGUUGAGCUGCCCUUGGCAUAUGCCAAGAACUGCUAUGUCAACAGUGGCAUGAACACAGUACACCCAAGUAGGCCAUCACAAGCCCAUUUUCUAUUUGUAUUGCAAAUAUGAACAUGUAGGGGUUUUUUUGUUUGGUUUUUUUAAGAUCUGAGUCAUACAGUGGGAUUUAGUGUCAUGGGUUUUCUCUGGUUGGAGCACUCCAGUCAUCAAGCUACAAAUUGCAACUCCACUACAUCCCAAACCAAAGGGAAAUCUGUUCAUACACAUGUUUGGUUAGUUUGUUUGAUUCUUCUUUUGUGCCAUGGUUCAUCUGUGUCUCAUAGCCACUAGUUAUUAGAUUAUUGUAGCUAUUGUGUCUCAUUAGUUUUCUGUUGCUCUCAUAUCAUUCAGUCACCACUGGCCUGAAACACUGGUAAUGCAAACUGUCGACACUCCAUAUUUUCACAGUAUUUGUCCAUUUGCCAAGUUCACUCACCACUUUCUUGCCAAUAUACAGUAUGAUUAUGCAGUUAAAGGACUCGUUUAGUGUUUUAACCUUUUUUAUGGUUCUAUGAUUAUAGCGUACAGCCUGCAUUACUGUAAACAUCUGUCCACAGUGUGCAAGAUUUAAUAUUGGAUCAGAUUUUGACCUUUUAAGACAGCCACUAGUUUAGUCAUUAAUAUUAACAAAGUCUGCUUCAUUUAUACCUUUAUAGUGAACUUGUUGCUGUUGAUUAAAUCAAGUUACAUUACAGGAAAACUGUUUUCAUACUGUAACAUUUACCAUUUAACAAUGGAGACUAAAUUCUGUCUCUUUUUUUUUUUUUUUUUUUCAAGUACAAGAAAUAACAAAGAACCUGGUUUUUCAAGCUGCACUGAAACCUGAAUAUAUAUCCUGUUCCAAUCUCGAGCCACUCUCUAAACAACAAGCUGACUUUCAUGUUGUAUUGAUGUGGACAAUGGUUUAUAGUAAUAAAAAAUAUAAUUCCAGUUAAUAGCCCACGGCUUUAGAAAUGCUGGCGCAGUCGUGCAAAAUGCACACACACAUUUUUCAGGUAUUGUGGUUUUAUUAUGGCUAAUUAUGCCAAAGUAACCAGUCCUAUACUCACUCUGAAGCUACACUCAAUUGAAGCCGUUUUGCAGAGAGUAAGCCCCCUUGUCUGACCUCGUCACCCUUGCAAACAAUAGCUCAGGACAAAAGGACAUAUAUAACUGUAACACACACACACACACACUCACACUAGGAAGGGUGUGUGUAUAAUGGCAUUAUGUGGCUUGUGGCAACAAAACUAAGUUCUGCUGCCAGCUCUCCCGCUAUUUUGUUUGCAGGUUGACCCAUGGCUUUACCCUCUGUAUCUACUUUCUGUUUGUACACUUUUUUUUUUUAAUAUAAUGACAUUUUGUACUGUACCUGUUUAAAAAUAGAUUAAUCACUAUAGUUGAUUUAUUUUUGUAUAAAUUAAGGCAAUAGGAUUACAGUCUGAUCACUGUAGUUUCUUUAGCUGUCUGUCUCAGACUGAUUGUAGAUGGAAGGUUCCUUGACAGUUGGGUAGCUGUUUUUUUUUGUUUUUGUUUUGUUUUUUGACAUACAACUUGGGGACAUUUUUUCUCAUCCUGGAAGUUUGAAAACUUAAAGAAGCUUUUUCAGGUCUCAGUAUCUUUUGAAGUUGUAAGCAUUAUAAUUCUAACUUUUUUGGGGGGGCACACUGUGCAUGUAGAGCUUAUUUGGAUGCCUCAGAGUUGGUUUCUAAAAUAAUUUGGAUCUUAAUAUUCCACUUACGUGCCAUAGUUUUUGAUUAAUUUUAUUUUAUUUGGCUGUGAAAGAAUAGGCCCUUCUGGGUCUCUAUUUGAAAGGCAUUUUAAUCAAUUUUUAUUGCUUAAAACUGUUUAGUCAACUUCUCUAAAGUUACUGAUUUAGAUUUAUGAAAAUGUCUCCUCUCUUCUGUGAAGCACGUGUCGCUUUGCUAUACAGGCUUGUUUAUUUAUCAAGGAGAAAUUGUGAAGCACUCAGUUUGCCGAUUAUUGUUAUAUGGCAGGGUAGUUAAUGAGACAUCAGGUGUAAGUGUUGUUAAUAUUAGCUGCACUGGGAAACCUAAUGAAAGCUGAGCUGUCACUAAGUUGUUUGUCCUGUUGUUUUUCUUCUAUUGAAAGUCAAAUGUCAUAUCAGGAAGAAGAUUUAAUCUGUUGAUGUGCAAACAACUUGAUUAUAGCACAAUUUGUCCGCUUCAUGAUUUAAGCCAUUAAAUCAGGGAAUGAAGCUUCUUGGUCCACUGGAUGGUAUUUGUUUCAGUUCGUGUGUUACUUUUAUUUUAGAGAACGGAUAUCCAAUCGCUAGAAUGACAACAAAAUAACCACCCAUGUCCAUACGGUGGUGUUAAACUACUGUUUUGUGUCUCUGUCUGUGUGUGUGUGUGUGUGUGUGUGUGUGUGUUUGUGUGUGUGUGUGUUUGUGUGUGUGUGUCACUCAGGGCUCUGGGUAAUGUCUACUAGUGCUGAGGUAUUUCACUAAUCUUUCUUUUUCCACUCACACUAUGUGAGGGUCAUUUGUGUCAUACAGCUCCAGUCACUUGAAUAAACCUUCAUAAUGUGCCCAUUCCCAAGUCAAGGAUCCCAUAAAUUAACACAUAAUUACAGUAGCUAUUUUUCAUAACUGUGGUUUAAAUCAUGAUGAUAUUCAAAGGAACCCUAUUGCCUUUCUUAGAGCAUUAAGAAUAAAUGAGAUAAUCAAGUCAUGUUUCUUGAAAUUUAUGAUGUGCCAGACAGGUGACUGCUCAGGGGAAUUUACCGCUGCUCUUGAUCAAAACGUACCUUCAAGAAAGCAGCUUUUCAGGACUCAAGACAAAAACUGCCUUAUUUAAAGGUAGCUCAUAACUUUUUCUUUUUUUAAAAAUAAAAUCAAACAUAUGUAAUGGCUUUUGAACAACACCCUGGGAAACCAAACCUUCCCUACUUGUUGUCUGGAGUUGUAAGGUUUUCUCAGUUGCAGCAGUGUAUUAUACAUGUCUGAUAUAUUACAGGAGUUAAAACAAAUUGCACUUUUACCUUUGUGAAUUUCAUUAAUUUGUAUGUUCUGUUUCUUUAAAAUGGCCUCUUGAAUAAAGAUUGUAAGAGUUUGGUGAUCUAUGGGGUGGGGGGGCUACAAAGGGUUCAGUGUACAGCUAUGUCCUUGUCACAUGGAAUAAAGUACAAUUUAGAUGAAAAGUAAUAAAGAAUUUUCAACCUGAAUUCUGAAUGUAAUGACUGUUGUUUUUUGUU